GCAUUGGCCGCAGGAUGAUGUAUUCAUUCCAUAUAGAAAACUCUUCCCCACAAGAACAGCCAAGAGGACCAAAACCGAAACGUCUCAAGAUCAGUGUUGCAUGUAACGUUUGUAAAGCCAAGAAAACAAAAUGCGAUGGUGCUAGACCAGUAUGCGGGCCUUGCUCGAAGAGGAAACAAAGUUCGGAAUCAUGUAUAUACCGCGAGGCUGAUCGAAUCUCUCCCUCAUCGGGUAAGCAUUCAGAUACAGCCCGAGAGAAAGUUACGAUCGACAGCGACCUCUGUAACACUGAACAGCCAAGACACACUAGGUGUCCAAACAACUAUUCUCAAGAUGAAGGUAACGACGAGGAUAGCUUGCACGGCGGGUUCGUACCUGACGGUAGUCUUUUUGGCGCACCUAGAGGGUCGCAUAUCUUGCAUGAAGUUGGAAACGCCUCACGCCCCAAAAGAAGUUUUGAGAAUAUAGGGAAAGAAAGAAGUCGAAUCUUGCCUCGACCACUCGAAAGGUUACCGAAGUUACAGAAAAAGGACUCUGGCAGAGAAUCCUCUGAGAUGCAGUUUGUUCUUCCUACAAGGAAGGUGGCCGACAACUUGCUGAGUCUAUAUUGGGAUUAUGUGGAUAACGCCUACCCCUGGCUCGACAGAUCGUCUAUCGAAAACGCAUACGAGGCGCUGUGGAUUAAAGAUGGAGAAUUGCCUAUGAACGAGAGGGCUUUGCACUGCAUCCUCAAUAUCAUAUUCGCCAUAUCUUGUGUUGUUUCUCAGACCCAAACACCUCUCUCUCAGUAUAAAUCCUCAGUUACUUUUUUUGAGAGAGCUCAAGGGUUAAUGUCCUACGACCUCAUGGAAGUGUACAAUUUCGAAAUCAUUCAAAUCCUAUUGCUUACAGCCGUGUAUCAUCAACAUGACAAAAUGCCCCAGAAAUCCUUCCGAAGCAUUGGCAUGGCGAUUCACGUUGCACAGGAUCUAGGGUUGCAUUUACCUGCAACAAUCGAAUCUAUCAAUGACUCCCGCGAGCGGGACCUUGCGUGUCGGGUUUGGAAUGGGUGUAUUAUCAUGGAUAGGAUUGCUUCCAUGACUUUUGGCUGCGCACCUAAAGUUCCCCAAGCCGUUGCAAAACAGGGACUGGAAACUUUGAUGCUACACUCAAUGGAGUUCGGCGGCACUGGGAAUAUGAAUCUACCCUCGAAGGCGAAGUUUUACAUAUCAUUCUGUCGACUACAUCACAUCAUAGGAGACGUGUUAGAAAACUUUUAUAAUCCCAGUGAUUCCAAAGCCGACCCUGAUUCCAGGAGAGAUUCCACUGGUGUGAAAUCAAGCUCGCCAUUAUCCUUUGAGAAAUUCACGGGCCUGUUUAGAAUUGAGUCAGACCUGUAUAAUUGGACUGAAAGUCUUCACCCAUAUUUCCGAAGGCCAUCGGAUCUUGAAGACCCAACGCCGACGAAGCAUAUCACACGUCAAGCAAACGUUUUGCGCGCCCGAUAUCUUUCCGUCCGGCUCCACCUUUUCAGGCCGUUCCUAUCACAGGUGCACCAUCGAAAGGCAGACAAUGCUCCCGGGGUUAAUUUGUACUCGGAAGAUCAAAUCAUUGAAAAUGUGGUGUUUCAGUGCCAAAUUCAGUGUGUCAAAGCUGCUGAAGACAUGAUAGAUUUCAUCAUCACCAAUCUACCGGAGCACACGCAGGCGUAUAUUUUACCAUCGAACUGGUACACUGUCUCAUAUAUAUACAUGGCGGUGACUAUUCUGCUUGCAGCACAAAUGUCACCACAGAUAGUGGAACAUUUUUCUCUUGCUCGAUUGAAAAACAUUUUACAGCAGGCUCGUGAAAUUUUGAAAGAGUAUCAACAGAACACUGUAUUGGCUUCGCAAUGUAGCUCCGUUCUCAAGUUGAUCCAAGAAAAUAUUGAUAUGCGCAGCUCUGAAACAGACUGCACUGCUGGAGAAGGUCCGCAAGACGCAAUCAACCAUGACAACACAAUGAUUCAAGGCGCAACCAUGGAAAUACAAGAGCCUCAAAACAAUCUAGAAAAGUUGGGCUGGCUCGAGAAUAAUGCGUUUGACUGGAAUGACUGGCCUUUAUUUUUUGCACAGCUGAACGAGGCAAUUAGUCCAGCUGAAAGAUGGGAAAUGCCAAUAUAAACUCGUCAAUCCAGAAUAUAAGAACUUUC